AUGAUCUCAUUUAAAGUAUCUGCACCAGGAAAAGUUAUUUUAUUUGGAGAACAUGCAGUAAUGUAUGGAAAGACUGCCUUAGCAGCUAGUUUAGAUUUACGUACAAAUUUGAAAUUUCAAGAGCUACAAGAAGUAGAAGAAAUUAUAAAAUUAAACUUUGAUAAUAUGAACUUGGUCGUGAAUGUACCAAUUGAACGUAUACAAACAUAUAUUUCCAUUUAUAAAUCUCAUCAAUUAGAACAUAAUCAUGAUAAUCUUUAUGAUCAUAUUCAACAAUUCGUACACAAUAUUGGAUAUAAUAAUUCACAUCAAAAAUUAAGUUUAGAAGCUUUUUUUUAUUUGCUCAUAUAUGUAUCCAAUAAAGAAGAAAUUGAUAUAAAACCUGCAGAAAUAAAUUUGAAUACAGAGUUAUCAAUUGGUGCUGGACUUGGAAGUUCAGCUUCAUUUGCAGUUUGCUUAUCGGCUUGUUUUCUUCAUUGGUCACGUUUGCAAAAGAAAAUCUAUAAAACUUUAGAUACGAACGAUUUGAAACUUAUAUCAAAAUAUGCAUUUGAAUGUGAAAAAAUUUUACAUGGUACACCAUCUGGAAUUGAUAAUUCCAUUUGCACAUAUGGAUCAAUAAUUGAAUUUAGAAAAAAUGAUUGUAUAAACUCGAUACUUAAUGUAAGGAAAAUGAAAAUUUUAUUGGUAGAUACCAGAGUUCAAAGAAGCACUAAAACAAUAAUAGAUAAAUCAACAAAAUUGAAAUGUAUGUAUCCUACUAUUAUUGAUCCUAUCAUGGAUUCUAUAGACAACAUAUCAAAAGAAGCACUAAAAAUUCUUAAACAAGAUAUAAAUCAAACCCAAAAUGAUAGUAAAGAAAAAUGCGAAGAAUAUGAAGAAUACAACCAAUUAAUGAUGCUUAUCAACAUAAAUCAAAGUUUAUUAGCAGCAUUGCAAACAUCUCAUUCAUCAUUAGAUAGAAUAUGCGCAGAAGCUCAAAAUUAUGGAUUUGCUGCAAAGUUAACCGGUGCCGGCGGCGGAGGACAUGCUUUUAUUUUGUUACCACCUGAUACGCAACCCGAAAUCAUAUCAAGUAUUUCGCGAAAAUUAAUUGCAGAUGGUUAUUGUGUUACAUUGACAAGCUUAGGGGGUACUGGUGUUUUAAUCGACGAAUAAAUUACUAUUUUUACAAUUAUUUUAUGAAUAUCCAUAAAUAAACCAUUUUGUUUUAUAUUAUCUAUAUUAUAUUUACUUGUUACAUCAAGCAGCUUAAAAUUUACACAUUUAUAAAUAUGGAUGACAGAAUUAAUCAUUAUUUUUGAAAUAUAUAUUUAUGUAUCUUAAAUACAUAUAACAAUAUUAAAAGCAAUGUAGUGGAUCUUAUAAGGCAAAUGUUUAUUUAUUGUAAUGUAUUUUAUAGUUGAAAGAGUAUGAUUCACAAAUAUUUACCGAUUUUUUAAAUAAAUAGAUAAAAUAUAAUAUAUUUUAUUUUUAUGGUGGUAACAUUAAAAAAUAUACAGAUUGAUUGAAUACAUAACAAAUAAAUGCCAGUACUUAUAUUCGCAUAACAGUAACAGAUUUAUAUAGUAAUACAUAUAUGUAUAAUUACUAUUAAUAGCAUCAAUGAAUAAAAUAAUUAAAUAACAA